AAGUGCCCUGGAACUUUUCUUCCAGAUUGAAUUCAUUCCUGGCAUGCUAACCGCCAAAGGCGACCCUCUUUAUCAUAUCUAUAUCUAUAUAUAUUAAUAUUCAUAUUUAUAUAUAGUCAGCAUCAUCGUACUUAGAUAGAUCGAGGCCGGGAAUGCGAAAGCGAUCAGGCAACGUGAAAAUGGAGAACGAGGAGAGGGUAAGAAGAGAGAACAAAUACAGAGGGAUUCGAAGACGGCCGUGGGGGAAGUACGCGGCGGAGAUACGCGAUCCCAACCGGAACGGAGCUCGUCUUUGGCUUGGCACGUUCGACACGGCGGAGGACGCGGCGCGUGCGUACGAUCGUGCGGCGUAUGCGUUCAGGGGCCACCAGGCCAUUCUUAACUUCCCCAACGAUGGCCAUUACGCUAGCGGUGGUAAUGUAGUGGCGGCGGCUCCGGGACCAAGCUCCUCUGGGUCUUACUCCACGCCACCGCCGCCAUCGUCCCCGCCGCCUUCUUCUUCUUCUUCAGUUUAUGUGCCUUCAUUCUCAACGUCCGAGGAUAAGAUUAUUGAAUUUGAGUACUUGGAUAACAAUCUGCUUGAGGAUCUGCUUGGGUCACAAGUCAACAAAAGAUCAAAGCGAUGAAGCUUAGCUCCUUAUUGUGUUGUAAAUUCCAAGCAUGUAUUAAUACAUGUGAAACUUUCAGUAUUAUGGCAUUAUUAUCCCACAAGAACGUCUGUACCCAUGCAUGUAUACAUGCAUGAAGUUUUCACUAUUAUAUUCAAUCAUUUUACAAUUUGGUUUU